UAUAAAUUUUUAUAUCGUCGUGAACCGGUUUACUGGCUCAAUCGUUAUUAAAAUUAAAAAAAAAAAAUUAACAUAAAAUGACAUUAAGGUAGAAGAGUAAAUUAGCAGAGGCGGGAUUUUAGUAAGAGCUAAAAGAGUUUGGAAGGGAGACCGCAAUACCUUUCUCCAGAGAUGUGGCUGGCCGACAUCGCGUUCUUCACCCUUCCAUCCUGACUAUAAGUAACAAGAAAAAGAGAGAGAGAGUCAGCCAAGCAAGAAGCAAGAGUUUAAGUUACUUGAUUUGCCAGAUGAGAGAAAAGUCUUCUCUGUUCUUGCAAUGAAUAUCGUCGUUUCUCCUGUACUAUUUCAUUGUUUUCAUCAUGUUUCUUGCAAUUUUCUUUAUCAGCCUUGCGUGAACACGCGAUACCGCGGUCUUUUAUAUUUUCCGCUAUAACAGUCAACAUGGUCAGUAUGUACCAGAUAUCCUUGUGAACAGUUGUGUAUACUUUUAACUCAGGGUAUAAUCAAAAUUUUAUAAAUAAUUUUUUUAUAAGUAACCAACACUAUGAAGUUUCAAAAAAUUACCUGUGAUAGUUAUGUGUUUCAGAAAUUUACAGACGUGGAACAAACCGAAUAUGAUGCAGUUGAAGAAAGGCUUAAAUUACUUUUAAACGAAGGAUCGAAAAUUCCUGCUGAUUCUGAAGAGUCUGAAAUGAUUUUACCAGAUUAUUAUGAUCCAAUUAAAUUUCGUAUUGGCCAGAAUGUAUUUAAAAAAAAUAUAUUUACUAUGAUGAUUGCUAAAUUAUCUGGAUUGUUACUUCUUCUUACAGUACCUUCUAUCCUUGACAUUUUAAAAUUUACGAGACAAAGUGGUAAUCCGUGUGCUGCCUUUCGUAGAUACGCAGCGACAAUUCUUCACACAUGCAUCUGGUAUAAAAAUUCACCGGAUGAGGAUAGUGAAUUCUAUGCUUCUUUGAAAAAUGUACGAAGAAAACACUGUGUAGCUUCAAAACGUAGUUGUGAAGCUGGAAUAGGUCAAAUUUCACAACUCGAUAUGGCUCUUACUCAAUUUGGUUUCAUGGGUUUUACUCUUUUGUGCGCAGAUUAUUUGGGAGUUGCUACUAAUGAUGAAGAACUUGAUGGUCUUCUUCAUUUUUGGCGUGUUAUAGGCCGAAUGUUGGGUACAGAAGAAAGAUUUAAUCUUUGCAAUGGCAGUGUAAAGGAGAGUAAAGCUCUUUGUCGUAGACUACUUGAAGAGGUAUUCGUUCCAUAUUAUGCAAAAAAAUCAAAAGACUUCGAUGAGAUGAGUACUGCUCUCUUAGAAGGAUUAUGGCCGAUAAAUCCAUUUGUAAAUAAUAAAUCGUUUAGAAUAUUUACAUGUCAUCUGAUAGCUUCAGCUAUUCCCAAUAACAAUUACUCAUUAGAUAUCGAUGACACAUCAUUGUCAAUGUAUAGUAAAAUAAUAUUGAAUCUUCAGCUGUUUGUUCAUAAACAUUUAUUACAAGUACAUUACUGGUGGUCUAGUAUUUUUCGAGCUCAUUUUAAUAAUCAAAUGAAAAUAGGCUUUUAUCUUACGGAAAAAUUUCCAUUUUUAGCUUACAUACUUUAUGGAAAAAAGCGAUCGCAUUUUAAUAUUUAUAAAUUUCAUUUUGAUUGAAAAUAGAAAAAUUUUUUCUUCAAUUUAUAGAACUUUUAUUAUAUAUUUUUAGGUAUCACAAAAAUUAAGCAUUUAUUUU